AUGACCGAGUCUCUGACGCACCAUCGCCACCAGCCACAACAACAAGCAAUAGAGUUAUUCUUGUCUGUGCCCGGAGGAUUAGAGGACGUGGCGGUGCGCAGGCUUCCCUCUCAACUCCUCGAUGCCGCCACUUAUAUCCACUACCAGAUCGGAUCAGGAUAUCUCUCCCUUCGCUUUGGACACCACUCCAAUGACGACAACAACAACAACAACAACAACAGCGGUCAUGCCGGCGGCAGUGGUAAUACCGGCGGCGGUGAGGCCGAUACAGAAUCUCGGCCGAGCCAUCCCUCCCCCUUCAAGCACCGGAGAAAUAUCGCGGAGUCAAUAUCAAAAAUCAUUGCCGAUCUGAUUGAGCACCCACCAUUGUGCAUAUUUGCGGCCUAUGUAUCCAUCGGCGAGAUCAACAUACCUCGGACGCUCCUCUUCGAUGCACCCCCCAAGGACCUUCUCGACUAUUGCAUGAACGGAUUUAAGAGCCCCUCACAACCACAGGCAGCAACCACCCUGCACGGAUCAUCAUCGCCGUUGGAUCCACAGAGAACAGGAAACGACGAGGCACUAGAGGCAACAGCAGCCAACGAUGGCGACGAUCUCGGACUGCGAUGGCGGCAGGGUCUUUCGGUGCUUCAAUUCGCACCGUCAACUUUAUCCGAGAGCCUGAUAUCUUUCUUCUCUCAAGCGAUGCCACUUAUUAAUUCGGCAGAGACACACAAAAGUAGUCUUGACGCCAACAGCGCGGAGGCGACUUCACCUGUUCGGUAUCGGGCUUCGUUCGAUCGCGGAGAUGUUCAGCACAAAGGCCUUCGUUCGCAGGACCUCGCAGCGGCACUUGGCGGACUGACGGGUGACACCUUUCCUUCUUGGAAGGUCAACCUGAAGGAGUUCGAUGUUGAGGUCAUGGGAAGGUGGAUCCAGGACGAGCUGGAAGAGAUCCAAUACAAGCCCAAUUCCUCGACGGAUCGACUAAUCUCCGUCAGUAGUGAGGAAGAGGAGGGCGAUACAGAGUCUUCGAAUAAGCGGCCCCAGAUUGAAAAAGCAUCCCAGCAACAAGGAGUGGAAAACAGAGGAGAGUUUGUCAGGAUGCAGGUUGGGAUGACACUUCCGUUGGCGCUUUCGACAUGCCCAUAUCGGUUUCGGCCCCUGGGCGGUCGGACGUCACUCAGGAUCGAGAUUGCAUACUCUCUGCUGGCGUUAGCGGAUCCCAAGCCGGGAGAGGUGGUUGUGGAUACUUGUUCGGGUGUGGGCACGAUCCCUAUUGUCGGAGCUGUGCACUAUCCGGAGAGCUGGUUCACAGGACUGGAGGUUCAGCCGUGUAAUGUUGAGAGGGCAGCCCAGAACGCAAAAGAAAUGAUCGAGAAGGUGGAUCGACACCAUGGGCAGGAGCGAGCAGCAGCUAAAUCUGAAGCUGGAACAUCGAGGACCAUUGUUCAUUUGCCUUGGGGUAAGAGGGAGUUCUCGCAUGUGUACAACUGUAAGUUGUAUCCUCGCCUGAUACGGGAGAUCAUCCGAUUGCUGAGAGUGAAUGGUCGGGCAUUGUUGAUUACAGGCGAGCGCAAGUUGCUUCUGAGGCAGUUGGAUGCACCGUUUGCAAGACCGCACCUGAAACUUUUGCAAACGAGGGAGAUCACCAUUGGGUACAAGGUCAUGGUAUUCGAGUUGCUGCGGGUGUAG